CCUUAUUUUGUAUUUCGAAGCGAUCUACAGAAUAAGCUCGAGGCGGUGGACGAAUUUUUGGCAGAUUUUCUCAGGAUAGUCCACGAAACCGUAUGUUAUACUGCUGUUCAUGAGACACGUAUUCAUUUGAAAACAAAUCGCGCACAUAUUCACUUUUGACUCACUCUGCACUUCUUCGCUUUUAUUUUGAUAGAAUACUGCUAUUAGCUCCCAAGAAUACAAAGACUCGAAGAAACAGUUAAAACGCCACCUGAAAAGUGCGGAGUCGACCCUCAGGGACGUACAGGCAACGGUACAAGCCGUGGAGAACGAUCGGGGUAAGUUUCCUCACAUUGAUGAUUCACACUUGUUUGAUCGAAGGUCAUUGGUGGAAACAAGUCGGAGCAGAAUUCAGCAUGCAAAGGAUGAAAUGAGCUCCGAUGUGGUGAAGAGAAAAGUACUCGGAGACGAACGACAGAAGGCAAUCAAAGCAUCUGGCGACGGAUUGCUGGGAGCCAGAACUGAUAUAGAACGGCAAAAUACAAACUUUGUGAUGGACAACCAAGCACAAAGCUCAAUGCUGAUCCAAGAACAGGACGAAACCUUGGACGAGCUUGGUGAGGCAGUCACUAGGGUCGGUGAAUUAGCAGAGCACAUUGGUGAAGAGAUCGGUCACCAAAAUAGAAUGCUUGACGAUUUAGAUCAGGACAUGACGAACGCCGAAGAAGAAUUGGGUUUGGUUAUGGGAAAGAUGGCCAAAUUCAUGGGGACAAAAGAUAGAUGGCAAUUGCGGACAAUUCUUAUUCUUACCUUGAUCAUGAUAGUGCUGCUCUUCCUUGUAAUUUAUUCAUGAAAGAGGAAUUUUGUCGAAAUAAAACUGGAAUAAUCAC